AUGACUACUGGUAAAAAAAAUUCAGGAUUUUUACCACCAAACAGUGAGUUUAUAUUGGGAGUCGCUCGCAAUAGUGAUCACUUUUAUGACGGCACAGAUGCUAAAUAUGCACGUAAAAACGCACGAAGGUGGAAUGCUGCAGCGUCGCCGUCAGACUGCCUUGCGGUUACUAGAGUGAGCAUUGGUGAAGGAUUUAUUUCUAAAAAUUGUCCUUCACAAAGUGGUGAUAGAAAGACCGAUAAAGUAGAAAUUCGAAAUAUUUGGUACAUAUCUGCUGAAAAUGGCAGGUCAAAGUAUUGCAUAUGUCAAGAUACUGAAGCCAUUGAAAAAUCGCAUAAAGAAGAAUGGCAGAAAAAAGACGAUAAGAAGAAAAAUUCAAAGAACGAUAACCGUAACGGUAGUUCUGGGAAAAUUACGACCACAAAAGCAGAGAGCAGUCGUAGGUUUGAUUUUGAAGAAGCUGAAGAAACUUGCAUAACAAAGUACGGUGGUCAUCUGUUAUCUGUACGUAACGCCGAGGAAAUGAUGUUUAUUAUAGAUACGUUACUUCCAGGCGGUGCUGAGUAUGAAAAACAGAAGUAUUAUAUACCACUUGGUUUUCGGUUGCUAAGUGAAUACCGUAUUUCACGCUUCACAGAUGGAUUAAGUGCUGAAUACAUUGUAAAAAGAGCUGAUAAUUCAGCAGAUUUUAGAAGCAGCGAUAUUUCUACAAAAUGUUACGCCUUAGUUCGCGAUACUAAAAUUAAACGAAGUUCUGUUGAAAUUAUACCGUGUGAAGGAGAAGAAAUUUGGAAAGGGAUUGUGUGUAAAACAUUGGAAUCAACUUUACCAGACGAUGUAUAUUCCUUAUUUCAUCCUUUUUUAAUGUAA